UUCAUUAAAAGCGGGUAGAAUGGAUAACGCCGAUGUGGGCAGCGCUUUUGUUGCAGCGCAAAAGCGGCGCUUCUCGGCCAGCGAGAUUGCACUGAAAGAUGCCGCACCCAUGAUAUCCGUUGUCCAAGACUACCGCCCCGAGCCGAAGACAAAACAACGCAAAAAAGGGGACGACUUCCAGGAGCACCACUUGCUCGGCUUUUGCGAUGAAAUUCUAUACGAGAUUUUCAAGCACCUGGACACGCCAUCCAUAAUGGCCCUAAUGCACUGCUCGCCGCGUUUGGAGAACUUGCUGCUGGAUCACCGGUUCUGGCACGGAAUCGAUCUCAGUAACGGCCCCCUGCCGUUGGGCAUAUUGGAGGAGAUACUGGGUCGUGCCACAGAAAAGACCCACACAAUUAAAAUUUGCGGACCGCCAUCGUCGCAGCAUGUUGCGGGCGAGUUCCGGCAGUUCACCUGCACCCUGACCACUGUUUUUCCAAAAGUGGCCACACAGCUGAAGGUGCUGGAGCUGCAGGGCGUCAGCCUGGACUUUGAAUAUAUACGGAUUACACAGUUUCCUGGCUCUCUGAAGCGUCUCAAGCUCAAGGACUGCAGUGUCAAAGUUGGGGAUCAGGGCAAGAGCAUAUUCCAUACGAUAGAGAUGCAAUUGGUUAACCUGGAGGAUCUCAGCAUCGAGGAUAACAACUGGUUUGAGCCAUACUACAUCAUGGCCCUCUCCAAGCUGCCCUCGCUGCGACGCCUCAGCCUCAAGGGCUGCCAGAUGCUGUGCAAGUUUGUGCCCUACGGCAGCAUGGCGGCACGAUUUGGUUUUAUGAAGCUAGAGGUGCUCGAUCUGCGUCUAACGCCCAUAAAUAACUCGGAUCUGCAAUGCUUCAGUGCUAUUGAGAACCUUAAGGAGCUACUGCUGGAAUCCCCACUUAAUCCGCCGUCGGAAGCGGCAUCGCCUGAAAAGGUGAACAAUGGAAAUGACGAGGCUGCCACAUCGCAAUCGGAAUCUCUGAAAGUGCUAAAUGACGACGAGCCGUCCACAUCUCGCGCUGCUAUGGCGCAUUUGCGUACCUACAAAAUGUCACGGGGCAUCGACCCUAACGAGCCUGAGUCCUCCGAUGCGCCUAGGCAAUGCCACGAGAUAUUCCACUCGGACCCCAGCGACGAAAGAACGGAUGAACCAGCGCCAGCGUCCAGUGCAUCAUGUUCGGGAAAGCGAGUGUGUUUGUCCUCCGAGUCCGAAGAUGAGGAUACGUCUUCGGCGUCAGCGUCCUCGUCAGACAAGUCCGACAGUGCAGCCCCGCGCAGCAACGGCCACAGCGGCGGUAUCGAUCCCAAUGCUCCCGUGCGGUCGCCUCUAGUGGUGAUAGCCCUGCCAAGUGUUGCCGCCGUGCGCCAGGGCAUGCCACCGGCCGCGGAACAGGCCGACAACGCUGAACCAGACGAAGCUGGGGCUGGAGUUGGACCGGCACCACGCGCCUACGUCUACGUGCCCGGGGGCCAAGGCCCUGGCGAGAAUCCACAGCCCAACAUGCAGUCCAUACUAGAUCAGAUGGCAGACCAUUUGAGGUCCUGGCGCGGCAAUAAUCCGGCACACAGCCGCUUCCUGCCACGACGCGAUCAAGUCAUCUACAUGAACCCGCAGGCCAUGGGAGCCAUCAGGGAGCCAAUGCUUGUCAUGCACUCAGCGCGGCGGCGUUCGCUGGCGCGUGGCAACUUCGACCAGGUGGUUCACCAUCCAAUGUUCUGGAACAUGUUGGAUCCCCUGGACAGAGACUAUGCCCGCCGACUGCGCCACCGCCAGACAUCCAAUCCAGGCCCACCACCGCAGUACUAUGUCUCGGAUCGGGCCAUCUACAGUUUUGGGCGAGCAGCCAGACCCGUGCAGCCGGACGUCGUCUGGAUACGCAACAUCAACCGGUCACCGGACAACCGCCUCGAGCGGAUAUCACUGCGAAACUAUCAGCACAUUACCAACCACACACUGGAGCAUCUGGUACAAUGCUCGCCCUUCCUAGUAUUCAUCGAUGUGAGUGGCACGGGCGUUACGGUGAUUGGAUUGCGUAAAUUCAAGGAAUUGAAGCCAGAGUGCGAGGUAGUGGCUGCGCAUUUGGAUAUUGAUGAGGAUGUUAAGCCACCGGAGGAACCGAAAGAACCAGAAGAACCUGAGCAGCCGGCACCACCAAGCAAUGCACCGGAUGAUGCACCCGACGAGGAGCAGCCACCACCAUCGCCUCCGCCUCCAUUCGAUUUUGACGAUGUGGCCUAGAAGAAUUCCUGAAACUAGGAUACACAGUCCGCUCCAAACCUCCCAUCCAAUUGUAUUUGUAUUUUGUUGUACGAGUAUUUUCUUCGCCUAUGGCACGUCCUGGCUUGAAUACUUUUAGUGAGACGACGGAAGCAUGGCCAAGCCUGAAAAAAAGCAACCACAACCACGGCUGUCUACAAGCAAGUGCUGUAGCUCAAGCCCCUCUAGUAUUACGCCCCCGCCCCACCAUACACACUAAACGCUCUUGUACUAUACGUCAGGCUCGAAGAUAUGUAUAGCGUCGGGCCCGGAUGAAUGUAUAAACCCUAUCAUUUAUAGUUAGGCAUUAAAACACGUGAACAAUC